AUUUAAAUUCUUCAAACAUAAAUCGAGUUGACUUUGAUAAGGUUGAUGUGGAGGACGAUUGUUGGUUUUCAAUUCAAGUUUAAUUUACACCACGACAUAGAAGAUGUCGGCAGCAUCGACGAAUAACAGAAUCUUGGUCUCACACUCAGUUGCUUAUAUAAACAGGGGUCAAUCCGGUCGGGAAAAGUCUUGCAGGAAUCGACCAGCAUAAUCACAAAGCUAUUAUUCCAUCCCAUUUUCCACAGAGCCAGAGUCCAAGGUUUGUUUUCUCAGAUCUCAAUCUCUUUGCUUUUUCUCGGUUCCAUCUCCUUAUUUGUCUCU